CCCGCGGCGGGCGCCUGGGGCCGCGCGCGCGGCCUCCCUCAAGAUGGAGGGCUGGCGAGGAGCCUGGUAUGUGCCAUGUCUAGCUUCACUUGAGACCCUCCAAGAAUUAUGUAGGAAGGAAAAUCUCAGAUGUAAAUCCCUUGGAAUCACCAACAGGAGUCUAAAGAGUUAUGAGGUGGAAUAUUUGUGUGACUACAAGGUAGAAGAGGGCACAGAAUACUAUCUUGUGAAAUGGAAAGGAUGGCCAGAGUCUUCAAAUACUUGGGAACCUCAGAAAAAUCUGAAAUGCCCAUUGCUUAUUCAAAACUUCCUUAGCGACAAGAACGAAUACUUGUCUCGUGUGAGAGAUGGCAAAGCACUGAAAGUGAGAAACCACGUUAAAGCUUUGAAACCCGCGGUUGCAGAUUACAUUGUGAAAAAGGCUAAGCAAAGGAUAGCUCUGCAGAGGUGGAAAGAAGAACUCAACAGGAAAAAGAAUCAUAAAGCAAUGAUUCUGGUAGAAAACACUGUGGAUCUUGAAGGCCCUCCUUUAGACUUCUACUACAUUAAUGAGUAUAAACCAGCUCCAGGGAUCAAUGUCAUCAAUGGAAUAACAACUGGCUGUGAAUGCACUGACUGCCCUGCUGAAAAGUGCUGUCCAAAGGAGGCUGGAUUUGUUUUGGCUUACAAUAAACGAAAGAAGUUGAAAAUCCAGCCUGGCUUGCCCAUUUAUGAAUGCAAUUCAUUUUGUAGGUGUGGACCUGACUGCCCUAAUAGGAUAGUACAGAAAGGUACACCGUAUUCUCUUUGCAUCUUCAGAACUAAUAAUGGCCGUGGCUGGGGAGUAAAAACCCUCCAGAAAAUCAAAACCAACAGUUUUGUGAUGGAGUAUGUUGGAGAGGUGAUUACAAGCGAGGAAGCAGAGAGACGAGGCCAGCUCUAUGACAACCAGGGAAAUACGUACCUGUUUGAUUUGGACUAUGAUUCAGAUGAAUUUACAGUGGAUGCAGCUCGAUAUGGAAAUGUGUCCCACUUUGUGAAUCACAGCUGUGAUCCAAAUCUUCAAGUCUUCAAUGUGUUUAUUGAUAACCUCGACUUGCGUCUUCCUCGAAUAGCACUGUUUUCUACACGAACCAUCAAGGCUGGAGAAGAGCUAACCUUUGACUAUCAGAUGAAAGGUUCGAUAGAUCUGACUUCAGACUCUGCCGACGGUCUUAGCCCAUCAAAAAAAAGGAUCAGAACAGUGUGUAAAUGUGGAGCCGUGUGCUGCAGAGGUUAUCUCAACUGAGCUCCAGGAUCCAAAGUCACAAAUACUCUGUUCUUUUUCCAGUGUGUUUUAAAGAAGACUCUUCUUUCACACACCUACUCGAGUAUUCUGACAUCUAAUGUAAAUAACCGCAGUGAAAACGAGGCAUCGUGGUCGUAAUCGAAAUGGCCAAAGAAAGAGACGUUAUGUUUCAGGCAAAUACAGAACCAAUAACGGGGAUUAAAACCUGAUUUCUCUAGACUGUUAUUUAGGAAGCAGUAAAAUGUAUGCAAAGAAAAUGUGUCUUGAUUGGAAUAUUCAAGUGUGAGCUUACAGGCAUAGGCCUGCUAGGAGCUGCUUUCAGUGAGAUGAAGUGAUGGUUCAUGUUUUCUAUACCUUGAAAAGACUGGUGGCAAUUUGACUCCAAAAUCACGGCUGAUGGGUCUUUUGCUUUUUUAUUGUAUCAAGAAAAGCUUCAAGAGAUUAGCAAUAACAUUUAUGGCACUGGGAGGGAGGCAAGGAUUAAGGACAGCUGUUGGACUCCUGUCUAAAUGAAGGUUCAGAGGAACGCGAAUUGUAAAACGCCCAUUGAGCUCCAUGCGAGUGUGGUAAUUGGUUGUGGCAGAUUCCAGGCCUCAGGUCAAGGUCUCUGUUAGCUGACAUUAUGUUACUUAAAAGUUUUGCAUAUAUAAAUGUUUCAGUUGUUACUUUCUGACGUUUAGGUAGGGUGCUGUAGGAGGGCUGCAGAGAAUUUGUAAAUACUGGACAAUUGGUAGCAACAUGCACCAUUUUUUUUCAUGGCAGAAACUUGGCAGUUGUUGCUGAAACAAAUUACUGACCACAGUUUGGAAGCAAUAACAAGAGAACAGAGAGAGAGAGCAGCCUGUUGUCUAACAGAGCUGAUACAUCAGAGAGAUGUGCUUAGUUACCUGCUAGCUGCAAAAAUACUGUGGGAUUUGAUUUGUAUCCACGAUUGGUUUUGGUUGAGUUUUUCCAUAACUGUGACCUUUUUUUUUUACCUAAUGACAGACUUUAAAGAUACUAGGCCUGUUUUUUCUCGUUGCAAAAAUGUUAACUUCAGUGAAGUUAGACUAGCAGGGAGUUUACCCAUUUGAUGUAGACAUUUGUAAGAUGUUCUUGAAUGUAAAGGCUGAGAAAUUUACUGUUCUUCAGCUGCUUGAGUCGUCUUUGUUGGGAUGUUCUUUUGUUUUCCUGAUCAUCUUAAAGUUGUCUCAGUCUACUCAUAAUAUCUGCCAAGUUUUGCUUGGCUUCAAAACCACCGAAGGGCAGUUUGAGGUAGGUUAUGAGUGGAGUUACAGCCACGCUCCAGGGCUGAUCUAAGUGCUUUAUUCUUAUGGAUUAGAAAACUUGUGUAAAACAUGCAUAUUGCUUACAAAGGGUGUAAAUGUCAGUAAGGUGAGGCAGGAUAAGGUCGCUCCAUCAGCGGGUGCUGUGUGGACGGAUGCUGGCUAUGUGUCAUAGGUCAGCCAGUCACCUUUAUAAGGUGCACAGCUGUUGGCUCAGGUGAACAAAGUUGAGUACCCAGCGUAUAACCCUAUACUGAAUUUGUCAGAAAAUGCCUUAAGUUUCACGUCAAUUACCAGCACUCCAAGCAGAGUGCUUCAAAGGGUAAUACAGGUUGGUUGUUCAGUAAGAAGCACAGUUGCAUUUGCACUGCAGAUCCAGUUCUUUGGCAGAAAGUAAAGUUUUGUAUGCCGCUGGCCAAAGUCAGUUUCCCAGUUAGGGUGAAGAGGGUGGGCCGUGGAAAGCACAGUGUGAAUUUUGUAAUUUCUGAUAUGAAGAGAUAGGCAUUGAAAUAGAGACUUUAUGUUGUUUAAUGGGUAGGACAAAGUUUGCUUAGAUUUCGAAGUAUUUGACAUCACCAGGCUCACCUGCAUCCAUGCUCUGGGGUAAAUGCUGAAUCUGGUCAGUUUUUCUCACAGCAUAUCUCCAAUGAGUAUUUUAUAUAUAUAUAUAAAUUUGAAGUGGAAUGUGGAGCUUUAAUGUUCACCGACUCCAGAUGAUUACAUCCUUUGGAGUCACUAGUGCUUUCUCUUGCAUGUAGCCCGAUUUGGUGCUGCAUCCCACAUGGAUGGGCCCUGCAGUCUCCAGCUCCUCCACCCAUUGCAGCCUUCCCUGCUAGCACAGGAUGGCUGCUGCAAGAAAUGGGGUCCUUGCCAAAGGACCUCCCUGGCCUCUCCCAUGCAUGGCCACACAGGGCUGGUUCCAUGCUCUUCUUGUCUGUGUCCUUGCCCCCUUCAAUUUAAAUACCACAAGUAAAUGCAUUUUAAAAGACAAAAGUCGCAGUAGUAGUACUUGAGUUCACUGUCUGCCCCUUACCCUGAGGCAGCGUGUUCCCAGUAGCACUGGAAACACACUGGUGGUCUUUCAAGACCUGUAUUACCUCUUGUGUGCCAAGUAAAGGAGCGUGAAGUGAGGUUUUGGGAGCUAAGGGCAUUAGGUAUUUCUCUGAAGCAAGCCCAUGGAUCCAGUUUGUGUCUCGGAGCCUUGAGCAGUAUUUGCCACGUCCAUCUUCGCGGUGCGUUUGGGUUGCAGUCAGUCCGUUUGCCUCACAGGAGGGACACUGCGUCACUUUUAAAACUCCUUUUGCUGGUUUUAUGAGUUUGGGAGGGAAAACUGCCAAAUUGGAAAAGGAGGAAAAACCCUCCUAUUUUCAGUUUCUAAAGGAGCCUAAAGCAGCCUGGCUUCUGCCUUUCUUUUGCAUUGCGGUCUGGGAGCAUCGUCACAGCCAGUUCAGGCGGGCACGUGCACCUCCCAGGGACUGGUAACCCUUGAUCUAUCCUUGAGCUGUUCUUUUCUGUUGGGUUUAAUCUUUUUUUUUCUUAGCAAAACUAAAGCUGCAGGAUCACCUGUAAGAAAAGCUAUUGACUAUUUAAUCUCAACAUUAAGUCAAUCUUUGGGUUAUUUCUAAUGUAUGUUUUAGGACUGUGUACAUUAGAAUAUGCAGUUUGUAAGCUCAGGAACAUUUUCUUUUCAUAAUGUGUGAUCUCUAGUAUUGCUAUCUUCCUAUAGUUUUUGAUAAAAUAAAUUAAAUUUAGUUUUU